AAUAUAUCGGGUUCGCUAUUUAGCCAAAAGGAGUUACGCAACUUAAAGUUACAAAACUUUUCACGUGCCAUUACUUUUCGCAUUAAUUCGUCAACUGAACAGAUACCAUGAAGGAGUUAACUGUGACAUCUCUAUUUAUCAUUGUUUCUCUCUCAUCUACAUUUGCAAAUGUGUUAAAGUACGUUCCUAUUGCCAAAUCAGGGAAAUGGCCGCCAAAAUUCUGCAACAAAUUGGACUGUCCUCGAUACACGGUGUUGGAAACACACAAGGAAUAUGAGCUACGUCAGUACAGUGCAUCAAGCUGGAUGUCCACUAACACAGCAGGAGUGGACUACAGUAAGGCCUCCAGUACCAACUUCAUGAGACUGUUCAGAUACAUCAGUGGAACCAACACCGACAAGAAGAAGAUAGCAAUGACGGCCCCAGUGCUGACUAUGAUCACGCCCGGUCAGGGCCCCGCCUGUGAGAACAACUUUACCAUGUCAUUCUUCAUGUCCCCCGAAGUCAAGACUCCCCCCACCCCCACAGAGAAAGGGGUCUUCCCCCAGGAUAUGCCAAAGAUGAACGUUUAUGUGAGGUCAUUUGGUGGAUAUGUUACAGACAUUAAGGAGUGGAUUAAAGAGGCCAUUAAGCUCGGUCAGGCGAUCGGGGACACCAGUAAAUACCACACUGAGUUCUCCUACACUGCCGGUUAUGACAGUCCAUUCCGAUUCCUCAACAGACACAAUGAAAUCUGGUUCAUCGCCAAACAGCAAUAGACAUUUGCAACAAUAUUUAGGUCUGGAGACAGAAUAAAUUGUGCUCAUUUCCAAGAAGUUAACGACAAUAAUUUAAAACAAGAAUGUAUCAAAGACUAAACACAAUUAUUAGUAUUUUAAUCUGGCCCUUUUCCUUUAAAACGUAAUAUUUUCUGCAUAUGUUAAAGUGACCUCUAAUGUUCAUUAGAUUCUUCAAUCUUAUCAAGAAAUUAAUAUUUAGAUAAUGAUAUGCAGUAUGCAUAUCAGUUGUACAAGAUACCAGGUGCAUACUUUUGAUGAAUUGAUUUAAAGUAGGAUUUGAUAGAUGGAGGACAAUUUCUCAAUUUAGCAUGACGAUCUAAGUGACUUGACUCAAAUAUAUACAUAUUGUAGAUUUAUAUUCAAAUGCACUAUGCAAAAUGCUCCAGUGGGGUACUUCUAAAUGCAACUUUUAUACAUAUACUUUUCAUGCAUAUCCAUGUAUUUUGUGUAGUAUAUCUGUUAAAACAUAGAUCUGUUCAAAACAUUUGCAUAAUCAUCAUAGAGAUUUUUGUAAACUUUUUUUAUGCAUUGUUCUAUUUUCAUGUUAUUGGAUAUUUAUUUCUAAAUGCUGCAAUUUUUUCUGAAGUGUUGUGAUAUAUAUUUUUUUCAAAUAAAACAAUUUUGUACAUAU